AUGCUACCGCUGCUGAAGAAGUAUCCGGACGGCUACGGACAUUUGCUCAGCCAGCAACUCACAGCCUUCCCGAAGGACGUUGGCUUCAACAACGGUUUGCCUGCUCCGAAACCCAACUGCAUUGAAGGGCUGAAGACGGAACAACACCGCCCGCUCCCGGUCGACGCCCAUGUCAACGGAGCUGUCCUCUACAAGAAGGACGCCUAUUCCUUCACGCUCCCGCACCUGGCCGGAGAAUGGAAGGGCACCGGGGGAAAUAUGAGAAAAGCGGUGCUGCACAUUACGACCUUGGCCGCGAAUGGUGAGAAUCUUUACAUCUACGCGCACUACGCGGCCCCGGGCGAAGACGGCACGCUUGAAUAUCACCAGUAUCGUCUCUAG